AUGGGCCGCCCAGAAGAAGAAGAACUCACCCGGUCUAUGUUUCUUGGGAUGAUUUCCCGAGCCCAUGGCCUCCAGAUCAGGACGUUGUCCAUGGUUGGGUGGACCCGAAACCGGUUCGCCGGGCAUGCUGUUCUAGAGGGCUUCUUCGGUCUUGACGCAGGUGGUGUGGAGGUGAUCCCAACCCAACGUCUUAUUGACGUGAGCAGCUUCGCAAAGAAGAAAGCUUUUUGGGGGAAAUAA